AUGGAAAAAAAAUCUGCGAAAGAAAUGAAAGAAAUGACAAAGGCAGAACGUCGGGCAGUUCAGGAGCGUCAGCGCGCAGAAAAAGCUGCACGCGCCGCUGGAGGGACGACUACAAAGAAGGGCUCGCAAGGUUCUGCUACCAGUGUUGUAGUAGGUUCCACUGCCGAUUCUGGUUUUGCACAUCAGGAAUUUUCAUUUACACCUAAAAUCGCAAAAGGUGCUAAUACAAGUUUAGAUAUUCAUCCCGCAGUUUUAGUUAUAGGAUUACAAAUUGCCGAAUUUAAAAUUUGUGGAGCCAAUGCCCGCUGUAUUGCUACUCUAACAGCUUUUAAGAAGGUAAUUCAAGAUUACAAAACACCGGAAGGGACAACUUUGUCCCGUCAUUUGCCCACUCAUCUAUCUCCUCAGAUAAAAUAUCUGGUAAAUUCAAGACCUAUGUCAGUUGGCAUGGGUAACGCAAUUCGUCAUCUUAAAUUGGAGAUAUCUACGAUGGAUAUUGAUUUAGCGGAUGAUGAUGCAAAGCGUUUAUUAUGUGAAAAAAUUGACAACUUUAUUCGCGAUCGUAUUACGUUUGCAGAUCGUGUUAUAGUUGAUUAUGGUUUACAGAAAAUACAGGAUGAUGAUGUGAUAUUAACAUAUGCUAGAUCAUCGGUUGUACAGGCAUUGUUAUUAGAAGCACGAGCAAAAGGGAUACGAUUCAAAGUCAUCGUUGUGGAUUCAAGACCCAGACUUGAAGGUAAAAGACUUUUAAAGCGCCUUGUAGAUGCUGGAAUUAGUUGUACAUAUGCCUUUCUUCAUGCAGUUGGGUUUGCGUUAAAGGAUGUUUCAAAAGUUUUUCUGGGUGCACAUGCUUUCAUGUCAAAUGGCGCGCUUUAUUCGCGUGUUGGUACCGCGAUGGUAGCAAUGAUGGCAAAGGAAAAAAAUAUUCCUGUAAUCGUAUGUUGUGAGACAUAUAAGUUCACGGAAAGGGUUCAACUAGAUUCAUUCGUUAUGAAUGAACAAGGAAAUCCCGAUGAAAUGGUAAAUAUUUCUACAACUUCAACUCCAAAGAUUGGAUUGUUGGAUGGAUGGCUUCAUAAACCGGAUUUAAAACUUUUAAAUUUGUUGUAUGAUCUGACUCCUUCAAAGUAUAUUACAACUGUAAUUACAGAAAUUGGCAUGAUUCCAUGUACCAGCGUUCCUGUG